AUGACUAAUUUAGAUGACCACGAUUCGUGUGACCCUCGUGAUGCAGCGUUACUAGCUGUUCAUUUGGUCAGUCAAGUGCUGGACGAGGCUUAUGUUAUAGCAAACGCAGCGAAAGAAUCCGGCGAACCAUGGAAUUAUAUAUCAAGCUUAAGAAAACUAAGGAUUUCACGUCUAGACGACACUUAUGAGGACGACAUGACAUUCACAGUAUCAAAGGAUGAUUAUAAAUAUGUUGAAGGGAAUAAUAUUGAUAAUGAGGUUGUUACGUCAACGCCGCAAAAAGGAAACUUCGCCAAAGACCAGAAUGAAGCUAGCUUUAUAGGUCAAGGAGAUGAAAAUUUUGAAGUGCCCUUUGUUUGUGACGAGCCUGAUACAGAAAUACAAAACGAUAUUGAAUCAAGUGACGCACAAAACGAUGAUAUACUUAAAACUAUUGAUUCCUAUCUCAAUGAUGUGAUUGAUGCUGUAUUUGGAAGAGAUGAAGACAAAGCGUCAAAUUCAAGUUCUUCACGAGAAGGUUCUGGAAGCAAUUCGGAUCUAGCUGGCGCUUUUGGCUCUGAUAUUGCUCAAGAUGUAGGAUUUUAUAUGGACGAUCUUACAAGUAAUGUGGCGGAAGGAAAUAAUAAUGUUGAUAAGGAAACAGUUGAAAAACAUGAAGUUGAACAAGUGAGUCAAUCAGAACAAAACAAUAAGGAUAUUGCUGCAUAUGAAAACGCUUUCUUAACUUUAAACCGUGACUAUGAUGUAUCCGAUGACGAUGAUGAACCAGUCUUACGUGAUCCCAAGUCGAUGAUGAUGCAAGAAAUUGAAUUACUAACCGCUGUCACCUCAACCGAUAAUAUUUCUCCUGAACAGGAUCAAAAAACAUUGGCAGCAACUUCCGGAGUCUCUACGCAAGGUUCGCGGAAGAGUAAUCUUGUGAGGAGAUGUCGCGUUCAGGGUGCAAAGUUACUGUCGUGUCUUAGGGGUUUGUGGUGGAAACGCAAGCUUCUUGGUAGGAGGAAGGAAUGUCGUGGGCCGGGGUCUAUUCGUGGCUUCUGUCCCUUGUCGCCUGACGCUCGACGUCGAGCCGCAAGUCUUCUCGACCAAAGAAACCUCCGCACGCCUUCGCCAUCUAGAUCAGUUUUUUGGAAAUUCAACACCGUCAACGAAGCCCUAGUUCAUUCGUCCCGUUGGAAAGAUUUCGGCCUCAAGAUGAGCUUGAACGAAAAUGAUGAAUUUUGA